UUUUUUCAAAUUUUAUACUUCACACUCUUGCAGGGCACCUACCUCAAAUUUAUGGGCACGAAAGUGGGAGACAGGACGGUGCUGCACCCACUGGAGGCCCUCUUCCUGCUGGAAGCGAAUCAGUUGUUGCUGAUGCGCGAUGGCACCUCGAUGAGCAUCUCGGAGGCCUACGAGGUUCUCCUGAAGGACGGCGAUGACUACGACAAGUACCUCGUCUACUCCCACCUCCUGAGGGCCGGAUACAUUGCUAUUCCACACAAGAAGCAGGAAAGCUCCAAAACGUCAACACCUGUCAAGCCAGAAGCAGAGGAAGUAAAGGAUGAGCCACACGAAAGCGACGACGACGUGGUCUGCCUGGACGACUCGGAUGACUCGGACAUCUCCAUCAUCGAGGUGAUUCCGGCCAAGUUGCCCAAGCUCGACCCUUCCAUCACAAUCACGCCGACGACCAACCCCAAAAAGAGCCUGUUCCAGGACAAACAGCCUGCCCAGUGCGCCGACCUCUCUUUCCCAAAGUAUGUCGCCGGUCAGUCGCUGACCCUAAAACGGCCGCCUCGUCACCUCCUUCCCGAUAAUGUGUACCCUUCGAGGGAGUGGUACGAAGUCGACACCGCCGGGUGGAAACAGGAAGAGACCAUCAGGGAAAAGCGGCGAAGCAGAGGCUGGUACCAAGAACGCCCGCUCUCCAAUUGGGACCAGAGGCACAACUCCGGACGAAGGAAUCCUGCCAUCCCAGAACUGAGGUCAGACCAUCAGUGCCAAGGCAACGGAGAGGCAUGGCAGGCCGCAGACACGUCGCCGUGGCACGCCACGAACAACUCCACGCCGACCAUUCCACAGCAGCGCAGGGAUGGCAGAACAUGGAGCAACAACAUGGACUCGGCUGGUCACCGCACCAGUCAGCCUCGGGGCCCAUACCAGGGUGGUGAUGGCCCAUGGAACAACAUGGCGAGGCCGCCGUACGACGCAUCUCACGACCGGCCAUGGUGGUCGGGAGGAGGAGGAGGAGGUGGUCAGCCACAACCGUGGGACCUGGCUGACCCUCGGGGAGCGGCCAACCUGGAACGACCACCGCCACCGCUCCCUUGGGGGCAGGGCCAGCAUUGGCGCUCCAUGCCGCCGCCUCCGCUUCCACCACUCCCACCACUGCUUCCAAGCUGGCCUCGGAAUCCCCAGGAAGGCGCUCCUCAAGGUUCCGGCAAUCAGUACGGCUACUUUACGGAAACAUAUAUGAGCGAAGCGUCGCAGCGGAGCCAGGAUCCACGGAGGUUCGGAUCCAACUCUUCAUUCCACUCCGGACCGGGCCGGCCAGACCGGCCGAAUCGGCCAAACCAGGCAUCGUACCGAAGAACAGUGCAGAGGAAUGACAGGGUCCAGGCUGGACUCUUCCAUCAGGUUGUUCGCGCCAUGGAUCCUCAACCGCGUAAUCUAGCGCAGCUGGCCACGGCACUGGAGUCUGCAUGGCUCAACAUCCCAGUGAACACAUUCAGGAACCUAAUUGACUCUCUUCCUGCACGUCUCGCAGCAGUCAGCUAUGCGAAAGCCCCCGUCGAAACUGGCACAGAAGGCCACAUCAACCUGAGCCACUGGCAGCGGAGUGGGGGUCGUGGCGGUCCUGACGAGGAAGACUAUCCCUCGGCCUUGCCACCCUUCCCCGCCGAGGCGACCAGCUGGACCGAGCUCAAGUCCGGCCUAACUCAGUCCGAGCGCUCGGCGGCACUGCUGGCUUGCGAGGGCGCCGUCCUCUGGAAAGGUUCCAUCCGGCCCCUGGUCGUGCCCACGCGAGAUCUCUCGAUACCGGGCAUUGUGUCUGAGCUUGUGAUCUUCGAGGAGGUCGACCUGGUAAAUGGCAGUCGGCAGACGAGCAGCUCGACACCCGAUGACUCCGAGCCCUUGACACCAGACCUGGACGUGUAUUUGCCUGGCACAACUUACACCAAGAGGAACCCUGGAACUCCUGAGUGCAGAGUCUGCAUGGUCAGGUGGGAAGACGGCCCAGCCCGGCUGCGAGACCUGAAACGUCGACAAGCGACUGUGACCGACAGCGCUCCGCUCGUGUUUGCGACAGUGGACAAUGGCCAAGUGCAUCUGUAUGCGUUUGACGUGAUGGAGGCGCCUCGCUUCUUUCCGGCACCCUGAAGUCGUGAAUGCAACACUUUGUUUCAGGGUAUGAAAUUGUCGUGAUUCCUCGAUAUUGCGGGGGGUGGGGGCAAAGUUUCGGGGACAUUGCUGGAUCUCCUACUGCUCUCCAAGCCGCCUGCUUUCGCCCAGCCGACUUCAGAUGUGCCGGCUUCUAAUUGCUGCAAUUGCACACUGCCACUAGGUUGUGCCUCAGCAGCCAGGCAGACAAAAACGAAGAAAAAAAAUAUAUUGCACAUUACAUAGCGACAGCUACCAAGCUUGAACUUCAAUAGUGCUGUCUAUAGUGAGUUUUGAAUGAUGUAGAAAUUUUGUAUACUGUAUAAAUUGAGUAUUUUUGUAGUAGUGUUUACUGGAAUGAUUGUCGAGACGUGAGGCUGGCAAUGCAGUCGUAUUAAAAAGGUUUUGCAAUUUGUUACCACGUUCCAUUACCGGUAUUGCCCUGCCAGCUUCAGCUGUUGCUAGUUAAUCAACACUAAUCCUGGUGUGGUUUUGCCAGUGCGUGCAAAGCUGCCAGGAAACCAGCUUGACACGUGCUAGCAUUUUAUUACAGCUUUAGCGCAAUGCUCAAGCACUUUUAAUUACUUACGCACUAUAAAAAAGACCAGAAUAGAAGUAGCACAUUGGCACCUUAAAGGUUCACCUUGUUUUGCUUUUUUUUUUUUUUUUUUUGGUUAUGCAGUCAGCAGCGCAUCUUUUAUUUUCUGCUGGCUGCCACUGGUAGAGAGUGUGUAUGAUAUUGUAUAUGUCUAUGUGUGUGAUCGGUAUGUAUCCUGGGUUUUUAUGAAUGUUUUUCCCUGGCUAAGUGGUUUAUGCCUGUGAAACUUAACUUUCUGCAUAAAAACAUGUAGCUGUGGCCAAAUGAGCAGAUGCAGAUGAGAUGGAAAGCCGGUCUUCUAAGUUCAUUUCAUUCAGGAGCUUUACAACACAAUUCUUGCACUUGCCGAGGCAGGAAUCAACUUCUUUGAAAUGCUUGUUAAAGGCUGAUGGAAGAGCCCAUCCAGCAGAAUGACGAAGCUGCCAUCCUUUAAUCAGAAGUCGGACCAGUCAGCUGGGAUGCGUCUGCAUAAUACACAGUCGUGUCCGUCCAGUGGGUCGUGUUGCUCAUCUCAGUCUUCUAAUGACAGAAUGCUCAGGCAUGCUACUGUAACGCUCCCGAAAGAAACGGAGUUAGAAGACCCAUGCCUUGUCUUGCCUUUGCUUAUUUGUUCAGUUCUAUGCCUCUACACUUGCAUGCACGGAUCAUUUGUUUCAUUAAGAGAGACGCAGGUGUUGCUUCAUGUAAAGUUAUAAAGAAGCAUUGACGUGAUCUUGUGUGAUCAUACCGUCUCCUUUAUUUUUUUUUGUACUUCUGAUGUACUUGUAAAGUUUACUUAUGAAUAUUGUGGAUGCAGUGAAGCCUGUUUGCAUUAUACUUGUGAAAUUGUAGCCAACUAGGGAUUUGAAUGGGUUGUUUGUCUUAAGCUUUGGGUCUCACUGCAUUUUCAUUGGCUUGGAAAUUUGUGUAAGAUGCAUAGACCUGCUUUUUUUUUUUUUUUUUUUGUGGACUCCAAAAACUGCAUUCAUUGCAUUAACUUUAGUGUGAGAUGAGCAAUGAACGUAGGCAUUGACAUCAGUUUUCAGCCAGCUGCUAUGCAUGCAUCAACUUUCACCUUCGUGGGUUAUGCUGCACAUGCGAACAACCUCUACACAUAGCAACUGGAAUAUCUCAUGCCAACAAUUGAGCAUGGUUUUGAAAAAAUGUACUCAUGGUUUGUUGAUGCUUUUGCAUGCAUGACGUGAAAGAUCGGCAGGCUUGUUCUUUUAAAGGGCCUGUAAAUUCCCUCUGACAUUUUUUUUUACAUAUGUUAAGUACAUAUGUGCACUGUGUAAACAAAAAAUUAUCACAUUUGGCGAGCAGAGCAAUGCUACAUGCCGCGGGGACGCCAGAAAUAAGACAAUCCUGCGCUCCUCUUUGGACUUUCUCGGUCCCGUCUUCACACGUUGCAACGCCAGCGGGGUCAUGCAUGUGACAUCAUCUGGGUAAAAGCCAUCGAUUGGCCGACGAAAGCUGGGCGUGUAUUCUGAGAAGGCAGGGGUGCUUGCCCAUCAUGAGCCGCCGAUUCUUCCGUGAGGCUUCCAUUCAGUCAACAUUGUGCAGAAGGCGAUCAGUGGGUGGGACAGUAGGCGAUCCCUUUUGAUUGGCUGAUGCGACCCGUAGCCUUCCAACACUGCAUGGAGUGGCAGCAGCCGCUGCCUAGCCGCUGCCUAGCCGUUCAUCAAAUGCCUGCAACUUUGCUGCUAUGGCAUCAUUUUGAAAAGCUUUACUGCAACCAUGUGUUCAUUGUUGACUAGCAUGGCGGUGGCCACUACGUAACAGAAUCUCAAGUUCAGUGUGGUUUAGGCACCCUAUAGCAUUGGAACAGCUCUUGGAGACAGAACUUUGGAAGGCAAACAUCCGAGUUGAAAUCAGGGUUGGCGCAGAGAGGUUGGCAAGGUUUGUUUUGCUUUUCGAGGCUAUGUUGCAAACUGUCAGUGCAACACCUUUUUUUUUCUUUUUUUUUUAUUGUGCUACUGCAUCGACUGAGGAUGUUGGAGAAUGUGUGCUGGUGUGAAGCCAGGAAUCGUCAUCUAUGCAGUGAACCCCACAAAAAAUGAAAGAAUUGUGUUAGUGUGUAGGCUUGUAGUGAAUAGAGUAGACAGUCUCCUGUGUUUUAUGGAACUUUCGGUAGAGAACCGGUUUAUUUCUAAUUGAAGCAUGACAUACUAUGUUCUACUUGUGUGCAGUGCUGCAAGCACUGGUGCAAGUGAUGUGUACAAAAUGUAUAUAAACGAAAGUGGCCCCGCAAUAGUGAAUGGGCAAGGAGAAGAAACGGCUUGUCCCGAGGCUUGCCUUUUGGCUUGUAGAUAGCCUAUUUAAGACACGUGCGAUACUGUUGUUCAGCUGUGUUUUUGCCUGCUGGUGUGACUAGGAUAAUCAUGCAAUUAUAUAAAGAAAGAAAAGCAAAUUAAGGUUCUAGCGAAGUAAGCUAGUGAGUCAAAAAUUACGCAGGCCACCAGGGUAAGAAUGACCUAAGCUGUAGUACCAGCAUUAUUUGAGUCAAACUUAAAUGAGUCAUUAUUUGAGGACUAACUGCUCAUUGGUUAUCCGUCCUCAAUAAUUCCACGAUUUUCUUUAUUCCUAACUUCCUAAGGAUGCUUUAAAUUUUUUUUUUUUCAUCAGUGAUGUGAGAAUUGAGCCAAUCUCCUAGGCCCUGAAUUUGGUAACUGCAGAAACAAUUGAUGGGCCAGCCACAAAUUGUUGUUCUUCCUCUGCACAAAGUGCUCUGGAAACUGAACUGCCUUCCCUUUUUUUUUUUUUUUUUUUUUCUGCUGCUGUGUGGCAAGGCCAAGGUGAAUGUCAGCACUUAUCCUGCAAAAUACAUAAGGCAGCAUUCCCAUGAUUUGUCUGGUCAUCAUCAGCAACCCAUUUCAUUUUACAUAAAAGAAUGCGUAAAACACUAAGAUCUGUUGCUGUCAUUUUCAAUGACUUGUUCCCAUAGAUAACCAUGCCCCCCCCGCCCUCCAAGUCAUUGUAAAAGUUCUUUAUUAUGCAGUAUUUGCAGUUGACAGACCCUAAACCAGACUAUCUUUCAUGUUCAAGGUAAAUUGUGUGGGAUAUGUGCGCAUUGUGUACAUACUGAAAGCAUGUGCAGUUUAAUCCAUCUAUAAAAAAUUUUAUACAAACGAAUUUGUUGCCUGCGCAUUAUUUGCACAUGAACAAAAUGAUGUGAAACUGCAAUGUCUGGUAAUUCUGAUUGUUUUUCAUGGAUAGCGUGUAUUUCCGACAAUUUUGGUUGUUAUGUGCUUCGUGUCUACUUCUUGCACAUCUAUGUACAAAUGAAGCAUUUUGUAUGUCAAUCUUGCUUUUGAGCUAGCCCCUAGUAAAAUGUACAUAUACUAGCUUAUGUUUACUAAACACACCCUGUAAGGAUCAUGUCGCCUUUUUGUGAUGUUCACAUAUAUGUAGGGUAGAUUAUUUCAUAUUUGCACAAAAUACAUACGUUGCUCACCCCUG